AUGGAGAGGAAGCACAGCGUGGAGAACCCUCGGGAGCUGCUGAACAGGGCCUUCGGGCAGGGGAAGGAGGAGGGAGGGGGAAUUGCCCAGGCGGAAGGCGUGCUAGCGGGUGCUGGACAGCCUGUGGAUGGACCCGGCGGCGCAGCGGCGCUGGAUGUGCCAGGGCUGAGUCUGCCGGCGGUGAGCGUGUCGCUCGAAGGUGGGCAGGGUGGGGAGUCAGCGGAGAAAUGGAGCAGGGGAGCGGGGCCCACAUCUGGAAUGUUCUUGGACGUCAACACCACGCCUAAGGUGGACAGCUCCCCGCUGGGGCUGUAUGACGGCGACCGGGAGCGGCUAAAGGCGGGGAGCAAGCUGACCGGGCCCCUGCCGUGGGAUGAUGAUGCGGACAUGGACGAUGAAGCAGGCAGUCCGCAGGCCCAGCACAGCCAGAUUUCGAGCCUUGCUGCAGCGUGUGAGCAGGAAGAUGGCCAGCAUGUGGACGCAGUGGCUGCCCGGACGCUUGCGCCGUUGAGCAUUGGCGAUCACCCAAGCUCGAUGGAGGCAGCACCCCUGGGAUCUUCUCAUGGGGUUGGCAUGGAAACUGGCAAGUCUGCAGGCAGCAGGGCUGACCUGGACAAGGAUGCGUCCGAGGCCCCUAGCUCAAGGAAGAGGGCCGAAGAAACGACUGCUUCAGGACCUGCACAAGAGCCAGAUGUGCUUGGGUUACGUGUGCAUGACAACCAGCGCGACGACUCUGCACGCGAGAUGUCGGGAUUGCCUCUCAGAAAGGAGCAGUUUGAGAAGUCGGCCAUCGAAGUGGAUGCCACCCCUCAACAGCCACAAGGGGUCUUGGGCAUCACCUUGGAAGAUGACCAAUUUGCAGCAGAGCAUCAUGCUGCCAUCUCUUUACCAGGUGGAGCUGAGGCCACCAUCAGAGAGGAGGACCAUUCCGUCCACCAAAGCGCACAGCAACGGGGCUUGGAAGACACCAAUGGGAAGCUGCAUCCUGGACCACUCCCAAAGAAUGGUUACACCAUGAACUUGGACGGCAUCGACAUGGGGGCAAUGUUGUUGGACAUACAAGAGCUCCUUGGCUAUGUGGACUCCAGUGACUCAAAGAUUGCAGAGAGGAAGUCCCUUUCGCAGGCGCAGCUGGCACGGAUCAUUCAAGCUCUGAAGCUUGGAGAGCCUGUGAGCAUGAAAGUGGCGAGUGCGCCCGUCGGUCAGCAGACCCACCGAGAACAAACUGAAGGCGACCAGGUGGCGCUUGCCCCUGACCGCAGUGUGGCUGUGGAAGAGCUCACGGAGAAGCUGCAGCAGUGUGAGGAGAAGCUGAACGAUGCGGCACUGGCUAUUGGGAUGCAGACCAGAAAGGUUGUCGCACUGAAGCAGCACUGCGAGGCACACGGUGUGGCCGCAGAUGCUGUCGUUGAGGAGAUAGAAGCGAUGUAUUAUAGCAAGAAGGACAGCUCCCUGGUCGAGGACACGGAAGUGGCAAGCCCAUGGGACCAAGGUGGAGCUGCAGAUGCCUCUUUUCCUGCAGUCACUGUGAAGUCGCACCAGGCGUCAUAUUCUCCAAGCCACUGUCUACCAGAGUCAGAUCCCCAUGAUUUUUUGGGAGUCGCUCCCAGCCACGACUCACAUAGGCAAAUUGAUGGAAUGAUUUGA